GGUGGCGCGGGCGUGCGGGGUCCCGGGCGCAAGCGAGGCGGGACGGCGAGGCGUAGACGCGGCCGGCGCGCCAAAGUCGUCCAAGUUUUGCCGGAACAUGGCGGAAGAGUCCGACCGGCGCAGUAGCGCUCGGAGCACGAGUAGUUACAGCCGCUAGCGCCGCGGGGCGAGGUCGUCGCCAUGGCCCGCUGGAUCCCGACCAAGAGGCAGAAGUACGGGGUUGCAAUCUAUAACUACAAUGCAUCUCAAGAUGUGGAACUCUCCUUGCAGAUCGGUGACACCGUCCACAUCCUGGAGAUGUAUGAGGGCUGGUACAGAGGAUAUGCUCUCCAGAACAAAUCUAAAAAGGGUAUUUUUCCUGAAACAUACAUCCAUUUGAAAGAGGCAACUGUGGAAGAUGGAGGGCAGCACGAGACUGUAAUUCCUGGGGAGUUGCCACUGGUUCAGGAACUCACGAAUACUCUACGAGAAUGGGCUGUCAUCUGGCGCAAGCUCUAUGUGAACAACAAGGUCACAUUAUUCCGCCAGCUGCAGCAAAUGACAUAUAGUCUGAUUGAGUGGCGCUCCCAGAUCCUGUCUGGGACUCUCCCCAAGGAUGAACUAGCAGAGCUGAAGAAGAAGGUCACGGCCAAAAUUGAUCAUGGGAACAGAAUGCUUGGACUAGAUCUGGUUGUGCGCGAUGACAAUGGAAACAUCUUGGAUCCAGAUGACACCAGCACUGUUGCCCUCUUCAAAGCCCAUGAAGUUGCUUCUAAAAGGAUAGAAGAGAAGAUCCAAGAGGAAAAGACCAUUUUACAGAACCUGGACUUGAGAGGCCAGGCAAUCUUCAACACUGUCCAUACCUACGGCCUCUAUGUGAACUUCAAGAACUUUGUCUGUAACAUUGGGGAGGAUGCAGAGCUGUUCAUGGCCCUUUAUGACCCAGACCAGUCUACCUUUAUCAGUGAGAACUACCUAAUUCGUUGGGGCAGUAAUGGGAUGCCCAAGGAGAUAGAGAAGCUGAAUAACCUCCAAGCAGUGUUCACGGACCUGAGCAGCACAGACCUCAUCCGGCCACGCAUCAGCCUCGUGUGCCAGAUUGUCCGAGUGGGCCGCAUGGAGCUGAAGGAGGGCAAGAAGCACACCUGUGGCCUCCGGAGGCCUUUUGGAGUAGCAGUGAUGGAUAUUACCGAUAUCAUACAUGGGAAGGUGGAUGAUGAGGAAAAGCAACAUUUUAUUCCCUUUCAGCAAAUUGCCAUGGAAACCUACAUCCGCCAGAGACAGCUCAUCAUGUCACCUUUGAUAACCUCACACGUGAUUGGAGAGAAUGAGCCGCUCACUUCGGUUUUAAAUAAAGUGAUAGCUGCAAAGGAAGUGAAUCACAAAGGACAAGGACUUUGGGUGUCCUUAAAGUUACUGCCAGGUGACCUCGCUCAGGUGCAGAAGAACUUUUCACACCUGGUGGACAGAUCAACAGCAAUAGCUCGGAAAAUGGGCUUUCCAGAAAUAAUUCUGCCAGGGGAUGUUCGAAAUGAUAUUUAUGUCACCCUGAUCCAUGGGGAGUUUGAUAAGGGGAAGAAGAAGACACCUAAGAAUGUGGAGGUGACCAUGUCUGUGUUUGAUGAGGAAGGCAGCCUUUUAGAGAAAGCCAUUCAUCCUGGUGCUGGGUACGAAGGCGUCUCCGAGUACAAGUCAGUGGUGUAUUACCAAGUCAAGCAACCUUGUUGGUAUGAGACCGUCAAGGUCUUUAUUGCUAUAGAGGAGGUCACACGCUGCCACAUCAGAUUUACUUUCCGACACAGAUCAUCCCAAGAAUCCAGAGAUAAAUCAGAGCGAGCUUUUGGAGUAGCCUUUGUGAAACUGAUGAACACGGAUGGCACCACCCUGCAGGAUGGGCGGCACGAUCUGGUGGUAUACAAGGGUGAUAAUAAGAAAAUGGAAGAUGCAAAAUACUAUCUGACCCUGCCUGGGACCAAAGCAGAGAUGGAAGAAAAAGAACUCCAAGCAUCCAAAAACCCGUCUGUCUUCACACCCAGUAAAGACAGCACGAAGGACAGUUUUCAGAUCGCCACCCUCAUUUGCUCCACAAAGCUCACCCAGAAUGUGGACCUGCUUGGCUUAUUAAACUGGCGUUCCAACUCUCAGAACAUUAAACACAACCUGAAGAAGUUGAUGGAAGUGGAUGGGGGAGAGAUUGUUAAGUUUUUACAGGAUACACUAGACGCACUUUUUAACAUAAUGAUGGAAAUGUCAGACAACGAAACGUAUGAUUUCCUUGUGUUUGAUGCGCUGGUUUUCAUCAUCUCACUGAUCGGAGACAUCAAGUUUCAGCAUUUUAAUCCUGUACUGGAAACCUACAUAUACAAGCACUUCAGUGCCACCCUGGCACACGUGAAACUGUCCAAGGUACUGAAUUUCUAUGUGGCUAAUGCUGACGACCCUAGCAAGACGGAAUUGCUCUUUGCUGCUUUGAAAGCCUUGAAGUACUUGUUUCGAUUCAUCAUCCAGUCGCGCGUACUCUACUUGAGAUUUUACGGGCAGAGUGAAGAUGGAGAUGAAUUUAACAACUCGAUCCGCCAGUUGUUUCUUGCUUUCAACAUGCUGAUGGACAGACCUCUAGAAGAAGCUGUCAAGAUCAAGGGGGCAGCUUUGAAAUACCUCCCUAGCAUAAUUAAUGACGUCAAACUGGUGUUCGAUCCCAUGGAGCUCAGCGUGCUUUUCUGCAAGUUCAUUCAAAGCAUUCCUGACAACCAGCUGGUCCGGCAGAAGCUUAACUGCAUGACCAAGAUAGUGGAGAGCAGCCUUUUCCAGCAGGCAGAGUGCAGGGAGGUGCUGCUGCCGCUACUGACAGACCAGCUUAGUGGCCAACUAGACGACCACUCGAGCAAACCCGACCACGAGGCGAGUUCACAGCUUCUAAGCAACAUCCUAGAAGUACUGGACAGGAAGGAUGUGGGCCCCACUUCAUCACACGUGCAGCUGAUCAUGGAGAGGCUGCUGAGAAGGAUCAACCGGACCGUGAUUGGGAUGAGCCGACAGUCUCCUCACAUUGGCAGCUUUGUAGCUUGCAUGAUCGCCAUCUUAAGACAGAUGGAAGACAGCCACUACAGCCACUACAUCAGCACCUUUAAAACCAGACAGGACAUCAUUGACUUCCUCAUGGAAACCUUCAUUAUGUUUAAGGAUCUGAUUGGAAAGAAUGUGUAUGCCAAAGAUUGGAUGGUCAUGAAUAUGAUGCAGAGCAGAGUUUUCCUCCGGGCCAUCAAUCAGUUUUCUGAAGUUCUCACAAAGAACUUCAUGGACCAGGCAAGCUUUGAACUUCAGCUCUGGAACAAUUACUUCCAUUUGGCUGUAGCUUUUCUCACCCAUGAGUCCCUUCAGCUUGAAACUUUCUCAGAAGCCAAGCGCAACAAGAUUGUGAAAAAAUACGGGGACAUGAGAAAGGAAAUUGGCUUUAGGAUCCGGGACAUGUGGUAUAAUCUGGGGCCUCACAAAAUCAAAUUCAUCCCAUCCAUGGUGGGUCCCAUUCUGGAAGUCACUCUGACCCCUGAAGUGGAGCUCCGUAAAGCCACAAUCCCCAUUUUCUUCGACAUGAUGCAGUGUGAGUUCAAUUUGAGCGGCAAUGGCAACUUCCACAUGUUUGAGAAUGAGCUGAUCACAAAGCUGGACCAGGAAGUGGAAGGUGGUCGAGGAGAUGAACAGUACAAGAUUCUUCUGGAAAAACUACUCUUAGAACACUGCAGGAAGCAUAAAUACCUCUCCAGCUCCGGGGAAGUCUUUGCCCUCCUGGUAAGCAGCCUCUUAGAGAACUUGCUGGACUACAGGACCAUCAUUAUGCACGAUGAGAGCAAGGAGAACCGCAUGAGUUGUACAGUAAAUGUUCUGAAUUUUUAUAAAGAAAAGAAGCGAGAGGACAUAUACAUAAGGUAUUUGUACAAGCUUCGAGAUCUGCACAGAGACUGUGAGAACUACACAGAAGCUGCCUACACACUCCUCUUACAUGCUGAGCUUCUGCAGUGGUCUGACAAGCCCUGUGUGCCUCAUUUGCUGCAGAGGGACAGUUACUAUGUUUAUACCCAGCAGGAACUUAAAGAGAAACUGUAUCAAGAGAUCAUAUCCUAUUUUGACAAAGGCAAAAUGUGGGAGAAAGCCAUCAAACUGAGCAAGGAGUUGGCUGAGACCUACGAGAGCAAAGUAUUUGACUACGAGGGCCUGGGCAGCCUCCUGAAAAAAAGAGCCUCAUUUUAUGAGAACAUCAUUAAGGCCAUGAGGCCCCAGCCUGAGUACUUUGCUGUGGGAUACUAUGGACAGGGUUUCCCUUCCUUCCUGCGGAACAAAAUCUUCAUCUACCGGGGAAAGGAGUAUGAGAGGCGAGAAGACUUCAGCUUGAGGUUGCUGACCCAGUUCCCCAAUGCUGAGAAGAUGACCAGUACCACACCACCAGGAGAGGACAUCAAGUCAUCCCCAAAGCAGUACCUGCAGUGCUUCACUGUGAAGCCCGUGAUGAGUUUACCGCCCAGCUACAAAGACAAACCGGUUCCAGAGCAGAUCUUGAACUACUACAGAGCCAAUGAGGUGCAGCAGUUCAGAUAUUCCCGGCCGUUCCGGAAAGGAGAAAAGGACCCAGAAAAUGAGUUUGCGACCAUGUGGAUUGAAAGGACCACAUACACGACAGCCUAUACCUUCCCUGGGAUCCUCAAGUGGUUUGAAGUCAAACAGAUUUCAACAGAAGAAAUCAGCCCACUGGAGAAUGCCAUAGAAACCAUGGAGCUGACCAAUGAGAGAGUCAGCAACUGUGUCCAGCAGCAUGCCUGGGAUCACUCCCUUUCUGUGCACCCACUCUCUAUGCUGCUCAGUGGCAUUGUGGACCCAGCUGUCAUGGGGGGAUUUUCCAACUAUGAGAAGGCUUUUUUUACAGAAAAGUACUUACAAGAACACCCUGAGGACCAGGAGAAGGUGGAGCUGCUCAAGCGGCUGAUUGCCUUACAGAUACCUCUGCUCACAGAAGGGAUCCGCAUCCAUGGGGAGAAGCUGACAGAGCAACUUAAGCCGCUGCAUGACCGGCUGUCUUCAUGCUUCCGCGAGCUGAAGGAGAAAGUAGAGAAGCUAUAUGGGGUCAUAACGCUGCCAUCCAGCUUGACAGAGAGGAAGCCAAGCCGUGCAGGCUCGAUGGUACUGCCCUACAUCCUGUCCUCCACAUUGCGAAGGCUGUCUGUCACCUCUGUGGCCUCUUCAGUGGUCUCCACUUCCUCCAACUCUUCUGACAAUGCACCCUCCAGGCCAGGAUCUGAUGGGUCCAUCCUGGAACCACUGUUUGAACGCAGAGCUUCAUCGGGUGCCAGAGUUGAAGAUCUGCCACCCAGAGAAGACAGCGAGAACCGGAUUAGCAAGUUCAAGAGAAAAGACUGGAGUCUGAGCAAGUCACAAGUCAUUGCAGAGAAAGCGCCAGAACCUGACAUGAUGAGCCCAGGCAGAAAAACACAAAGGCCAAAGAGUCUCCAGCUCAUGGACAGCCGGCUGACACCAUUCCACAGUUCUUCCCCUGUGCAGUCUACAGUUUUGAGCCCACCUCCACUCACUCCCAAAGCUACAAGGACCCUAAGCUCCCCAUCUUUGCAGACAGAGGCACUGACUGCUUCUGUCCCUCCUCCACCUCCCCCGAAAAGCAAGCCCUAUGAGAGCAGCCAGAGGAACUCAGCUGAGGUUGCACCCCCCCUGCCUGUCCGGAGAGAAGCCAAAGCCCCACCCCCACCCCCUCCGAAGGCUCGAAAGUCAGGCAUCCUGUCUUCUGAGCCGGGCUCUCAGUGAAGGUGUCAGCCUGGCUCUGCACCUCCGAGUGCCUUGGACCACUGUUGCCUGAGAAUGGCCCCUAGAAAGGGUGGCCUGUCAUGCAGUGCACCCUGCCUGCACUGCUUCCUGCACUGAGAUGAUUGCCCAGCUCAGAACUGUUUGUCCAUCUGAAGGCCGUGCCAUAUCCCCUUUAGCCCACGGAGCUCCCAGAACUGGCCAUCUGUAGGCAUGAACAAGCAAGUGCUCUCCUUUUCCCGUGGUGGCAUGUUGGCUUCAAGCAUUGACUUGCUGGAUCUUUAGCUGCCGCGGCAAGCUCUUCUGCAGUGACCCAGUGACAGUGCAGUGGAGAACAGCCCCCGCAGCCGAGUCCUGUGUGGAUUUCUCAGUCUGCUUCGGAACUGCUGUGUUAAGACUUCCUUCCUUCUCUCCUGUCUGCAUCCCUACCCUGCCUAACCUUUCCCGAGAGCCAGACACCAAGUACACUUCAGGAGCUGCCAUGGCUUCUUUCCCUAAUGUCUACUGUCGCCUUUGUGGAUGGCUUCUCCAAGAUUCCGUGGACUCACAUUCUGGCACUCUCCUGAUGAAUGGCCCCCACCAUGCAGCAGUCACGUGCUGUUCCUUUGAAACUCUUUGGCACUCUGUUUCUCAUCCCCUUCUCUCCGAGCUCACAUCCUGUGCUCUGAGGGACCUACCAGCUACAUUUCCAGACCCUGUUGGUCCCUGCCUGCUACUUGAUUUUACCCUGGAGAAUACAGUGCAAUAUUCCCUUUGAUUAUUUAUUCCUCUUGAUCAUAGAAUUAAUCUGGUUUCUUGCUAAUGGUACUAAUGUCCAUAUUCCUUUCAGAAGGAAAAUUUAGGGUGACUUUGGUUGCCCAAAUAUUAUGUUCACAUAAAUACAUAAAUGACCACAAGAUCCACGAGAUGUAGAUAUUUUGAGUUAGACGGGUUUUAAAACACACACACACACACACACCUACACACCUCAUUUUGUAGGUAAGGAAAUCAUGGCUACCCACAGAAAGUGGACUACAGGCUUUUUCUAACAGUUCAGCUUGCUCACAUAGGAUGUACCCAAGAUAACACAUAGGUCCCAAAGACAUCUCUAACAAGGUUCUGAUGGUCUAGCUUCAGCUAGAAUUGUAUCUGAAAAGCCCAGAUAGUUCUAUCAUAAUUGGGUGUUGAUGGCAAAACUUAAGGCUUUUGUGUGGCUUGGGGCUCCUGCUGGGCAUUCUAGAAACUAUCAGUGACCUUGCCCUCAAUCUAGUCUUCCAAGUCCAAGUAUGCCAAGGAAUUUCAGCUGUGAGAGUCUGCACCUGCCUACCAGCUGCUUUGUUUGCACAGCUCCUUUCCCUACCACCUUUGUUAAGAACGGUGCACCUGGUUCAUCACAGAGAUCAAGGAAGCAAAGGCCAGGGGCAUGCCUGCCACAACACUGGAGAAGUUAAUGUGCCUAUCCUAGAAGUACCAUGCCAAUCUCUAUUCUUUAUUUCCAUCGAACAGCACCUGUGCGUGAUUGUGGAAAACACACAGGCACUGGGACUUUAAACUGAUUUGAUCUGAAAUCCCAGGUGUCACUUCAUGUUUGAAAUUCUGAGUGUUCGCUUUCUCACUUUUGAAGUGGAGACAUUACCUCCCACACAGGUGCUUAUGGGGUGCCAUUAAGGUGGGUUGGGGCCGUGCAGUCAGCAACUUUCUUUUCCUCUUCUAGACCUGGGUAAGAUUUGAUAAUGUUCAUUUUUUCUUCAGGCUAUUUGAGAUCUUACUUAAAAGAUGGCAGCCUUGGGAACCAUUUGUGUGGAAGGGCUAAUAAGAGUUAAAGAUUGUUUUAAGUGAGAAGAUCCAAGCCUGCAAAGAAGCAGGAAGGCACCAGAAGGGUGAUAGAGGGCAUCCAUGGAGCUUGGGAAGAGCCCUAGCAGACUGACUAGAAAGGAUUUAAAGAUGCCGAUAUACUCUUCAGGCUGCCAUGGAAACAGAAUCUGGGGAAGAGAGCAAACCCCCACCCAUUCUUGCAAAUUAGUAGACAUGAGUCCUGAGUUUGGUCUCUGGGCAGAGCUGGACCUGUUGGUGCCCAGAGAAGCCCUACCUCCUCUUUUUAGUAAGGCAUUUUCCCCAUGAUUCCCUUUCCACAUUAAUAAAAAUAAUAGCUUUUAGCUGCCUUGACGCACAGGACUCUGGGUGAUGUUGUAGGUACCAAUGUACAGGGCACUGGGAGAUUGACUUCUUUGGGAAGCUGUCUUGGGGUUUCUAUUGCUACGAUUAGCUUGUAUCAAGUUGACAUAAAACUAGCCAGCCCAGGAGCUAUGAGUGAAGAAGGGGUUAAUUUGAUUAAAAGAAAAAUCAUUAUCUGUCCUAAAGUUGAAGACUGCAAUGAUGUUUAAUAUAGAAGGGACAGGAAGCAGUAGGCAGGACCAGUUUUUACCGCCCUUACUAAGAUCUCUGAGGUAUGGAACGGUGCUGAAAUCAGCCCUGAGGUUGUCAGUCUUUAUGAAUGAUGUUGAUUGAUGGCUUGUGAGUUUGAGGUAUUGUUACAUCGCUCUUUUUCAUUCCCUCUCUGCCAUGGUGACUUGUCUUGCUUUGAGAUUUUUUUUUUUUUUUUUUAAGAAAGUACACCCUUGCUGAAGGCCAGACAUAGUGCUAGUCCCUUGGUGCACUCAGUGGAAACAGCCUGCUGUGCAAGUUACUCCAUUGUGCUACUGGAUCAGAAAGUCGAUGCUAUAUGGAAAGAAAAGCCCUACAAAAGGGCUGCUUGGCAGUGGGUGGCCUCCUCCCUCCACCUCCAUCCCUUGCUUGACUCCAGCCAGGGACACCAUUGUGCACUUAGCCACACUGCAGACCCCUUGGAUUAAACAAGGUGUCUCACAAGAGCUCAGAUGGGAUGAUGAUCACCCUUGUCACUGAUUUGCAAGCUGAGUCCUUUUCCUUCCAGUUGUGUCCAGAUUGAGGGGCACAUUUUCAUUUUGCAACUUAUAUACAGUGAGUACACAAAUCCCAGGAGUGCUGACAGAGACAUCAUUAGAUAGCUAAGACACCCGUGUGACCUUUUCCCAGACACACAUGGCUCCCGUAUCCCAGAAGGAGCCCGCUUGCCAAUGGCACAAUUCUGUGAGACGUAAUUGGGAGGUCCUUCCAUGUUUGUACCUUCACGCUCACACUCCUCAGGUAUAAUGAAAUGGAGAUAAGACCCUCCCCAUCAACACAAGACAGCAGAGAUGAUGUACUGUAUUGCAAGUCCAUAUUGUUGUCUGUUUUAUGUUGGAGACUGCAUGGACUUGGUCAGUUUGCUUCUACCCUGGCCUUCAUGAUUCUAAGGAACAAUGAAGUGAGACUACUGUCCAGUGGCCUUUGCUGUAUGAACUGGAAUCCACAUUUUUUUUUACCCUCUACUAGUGCUUUGAGCCUCCCUGGCCUGGCUAUUAUGAGCAAAAGAUUUGUGAAUAUUAAUGAGCCUAGCAUCUAAUUUUUUUUUUUUUUAGAUAUUGGUACAAAUUGCCCUAACUCUGUGGUAGCCUGUGGAUAAUAGUCUUCAGAGUCACCAAGCUGGCCUGCUGUGCCUAGACCUCCAGUGCCUUGCUAAGAGUCAUACUUCCUUUGUGUGCUUUGGAAAGUGGACAACUACUGCUUUCUUAGACACGAAUUGUUCCUCUCUGUUAUUUAGAAUUCAAUUGGAAGUGUUGAAGAUGGAGCUCGCUUGCUUAGCCUGUGCGAGGUCCUGGGUCCUAGUCUCAGUACAGCAGAGGAAAUAAAAAUUGGAAAAAGUGAAGCUUCUCUCUGGGUGGGUCUAGAGUCAAACCAUUCGUUGUUAUCUAUGGGAGGAAUUGUUUUCCUCCUGGGGCAUUAACUUCUAGCUGACUCUUGAGACCCAGCCCAUAUAAAUGCCCUAGCUCAUCUCUCAGACACCUCUUAGGGGUUGCUCACCCAGAGUCCUGUCAAGAUUCCUUCACCAUGAUUUUAUAAAUAAUUGGAUUUCAUACAUGAACAGUUAAGGAGAUGUGUGUUGAAGAGUUUUGUUCAUAUUUGCUGUUAUUUAUUUUGUAAAUUAAAAAUGGAAAUGUAUUUUGAAGUUUACUAUGUGUUUAGCUUGUUAUUGUUUUAGAUUAUUAAAAUAAGAUCAUGGACUUAA